CGAGACGUCAUUCUAAUCGUUUGACGGAGUUGCGCAAAUCAAAGUAAAUUUUUGACUCUCACUCACUCAUUGCGGCUGCCAUGUUUUUUUUUCAUGUGGGGUGUGUGUGUGUAUUGAAAUAACAUGAUAAAUUAACCCCAUUUAUACUGAUACAGAAGGGGUGCACCAAGUGCGUCAUUUGUUGAUAGCUAGUGACAAUGCGAUUGCACAUAAUUAACUGAAUUCGAAAAAGAUUGCCUUAUAAAAACGAACCACUAGCAAAGAACAGGCCAAAGAAUUUAAGGAUGUAUUAGUAAAGAGGCGUAACAAAGGAUCGAUUUUUACACACGGCCCACGGCAAUUGAUAAUGGACCCUCGAUUUCUGAGCAUGAUGAUGGUGUUUGAUAACGGCAGAAAGUAUCCAGGGCAGAAUGCGUAAGCAUAAAAGAGGGAGCCAGGCGGACGCCUGCAGGCCUGCCACGUCCAAAGAACUUCGACAGAAUCCACACUCCACCAUCUGAUACCCACACACUUCGUACAGAGGAUAAUGCAGUGCUCGGUAAUGUUGGGACAAGACCAUAACAGUGGGAAUGUUAAAAUGAAGACCGUUAACAGUUAUAAGAAUCCUUACAAGAAGGAACCGAACCUCGACAUAAUCGUUGACCAGCUGUGCACCAGACUUCAGGACAUCAAGGACCAAGAAGCCGCGCCACAAGUAGGCAUGCCCACGUGUUCCAUCGAACAAGCGGAGGCCGUACGUCGAUAUUACGCUGCGUUCCCGGCUCUGAAGAAAGGGCGAGAGUCGCCGCUGCAGUACUACCUGCCGCCUCCGGCCUGGUGUCGCAAGCCCGAUCCGGACUUCAAGGACAAGAUGCAAUGCGAACUGCCGCUCGCUAAGGAAGCCAAAAACAGGAAGCUGUCUUCGGGAAAGGAACGUCGAAAUUCGUACCACGGUCAAAGGAAGAGCAACAAGAAACGCUGCAACAGUUACAGUAGGUCCUUCGAAAGCAAAGAGAGUCUGCCGGAGUGGGUCACGCACGAGGGAGUCUGGGACAUGGAGACGCAGGACCCCGUCAAGGAGUUCAUCCGGGCCAUCGCGCUCGACGAGGGCUACGGCACCUGCGAGAACACCGUCACCGACGAGCUCAAGGAGAUCGCCGAGGUCAAGAUCCGCAUGGACGACAACGUGGUGCCCGACUGGGACGACAGCCUCGACCUCGACGCCGACUGGGUCAUCACCGAGGACCUCAACCACCCGAAGGUGCGCACGCCGAUGGAGGAGGAGCUGUACGCGAAAUUCGAAGCCAAAUUCGAUCGCAGCAUCGAGGCGCUGUGGUCCAAGGACCAGAACACGCCCGACGACGAGUACCAGGAUCUCCCGAUCGACUUCCAGGACCUGCUGUCGUCGCCGUCGGACAGCCUGUUCGCGGGGCCGGCGCCGGCCUCGCCCGCGCGCGACUCGCUCGCGCUGCACGACCGCCUGCGGCCGCUCAACCUCAACGAGCCGCGCGAGCUGCAGUCCUUCGCGCUGUACGAGGGCGAGGACAUCUACGACGCGCUGUCGUGCGUCGCCGGCACGCUGCGCUCCUUCUCCGCGCUCAACCACAGCCGCGAGCGCAGCGGCUUCGCCGAGGUGCCGCCGCGUCGUCGCGCGCGUCCGCCGCCGCCGCCGCCGCCGCCCGCGCCCGCGCCCGAGCCGCCGCGCGAGGACCUGCUCACCUCCGCGCGCACGCACUUCCGGCCCAUCCGCCGCGAGCCCGACGAGCGCGCGCGCUACGCCGACGGCGACACCUUCGACAUCCGCGGCGAGCUGGAGCCGGUCGAGUUCACGCGCAGCGCGUCCGGCGGCGUGUACCUGGCGGCGUCGCGCGAGCGCUACCUCGAGUACCGCGGCUGCAAGACGAUCGACUACGGGCGGCUGAACCUGACGCCGGCGCAGCGCUGCCCCGACCUGGAGGACCCGGGUUUUCGGCUGCGGUUUCCGCUGCGGCAGGCGGACGCGGCCGUGCAGACGGAGGCCGAGGAGGAGGAGUGCGGGCGCGCGGCCAAGAAGAAGCGGCCGGCUGAGGGCGCCGCGUGCGGGCCGGACGAGGCGCUCGAGUGGGAGGAGUUGCUGUCGGACAUCAGCGCGGCGCACGCGCAAUACGCCGGAGCGGGAGCGGGAGCGGGCGCGGACGAGGGCGGCGGCGACCGCAAGCGGCGGCACAGCGCGGCGCUGCGCUGCGGCGCGCCCUGCUCGCACCCGCACGCGCGGUUCCUGCCGUGCUGCUCGCUCGACCGCCCGCUCACGCGCUAA